UCUCGCCUCUUGCAGUGCACCUACAUCAGCAUCGAGCAGGUGGAGAGGACUCACGCGGUGGUGCUGAGCCGCCCCUCCUGGCUCUGGGGGGCGGAGAUGGGAGCCAACGAGCACGGCGUGUGCAUCGGGAACGAAGCGGUGUGGGGCAAGGAAGAGGUCUGCGAUAGGGAAGCUCUCCUUGGCAUGGACCUCGUCAGGCUUGGACUGGAGAGAGCAGACACAGCUGAAAAGGCUCUUACUGUCAUAGUUGAUUUGCUGGAAAAAUAUGGACAGGGAGGAAACUGUAUGGAGAGCCAAAUGGUAUUUACAUACCAUAACAGUUUUCUAAUAGCCGACAGAAAGGAAGCAUGGGUGCUGGAGACAUCAGGAAAAUACUGGGCAGCAGAAAAAGUAGAAGGAGGUGUACGGAAUAUUUCCAACCAGCUCUCUAUCACGACCAAGAUUGACAGAGAACACCCAGAACUGAAGGAAUAUGCCAAAAGCAAUGGCUGGUGGGAUGGGAAAGAGGAAUUUGAUUUCGCUGCCACGUAUUCCUAUGUAAAUACUGCCAGGAUGACUACAUCCAGAGGCAGAUAUUGUGAAGGUUAUAAACUUCUGAACAAACACAAAGGUAACAUCUCUGUAUCUUUUUAUUUUUAA